GACUAGUCAGUUAAAAGUUGUAUUUCUGGGUGGCUCCAACCUUCGACCAUCCGUUGGAAUAGCGGGCGCCGUCCAUCUGGAAGAUGAAGGGAUCAGAAAGCGACACGUUUAGGAUAUGUGGGGUGGGUGCAGAUUGCACGCAGAGGAAAAGCACGUGGAGCUGGUGGUUUGACGAAGAGUUGUCCACUGCCUGAUAAGAAAUGCUGUCUAUAAAAAGUCCCUCUCGACCUUCUCUUUCACGACAAAAGAAAACUGCGAGAGCUUGUUCUCUUCCGUUUGUUUUCCAUCUGUACAGUCUGCAGCAGUACCUUUUUUCUUUCUUGCUUCCUGAAUCUGCCUGCGCAGGCUACCGAGGAUUCCAGAGGAGCCAUGGAAGUGGUGAAUCACAACAGCGAGAAGCCUCAUGUCCUCAUCAUGCCCAGCACCGGCAUGGGCCAUCUCAUCCCCAUCAUGGAAUUUGCCAAACUCCUGCUCUGCCACCGGGACAUCUCCAUCACCCUCGUCACCGUCUCCGGCCAGUUCCCCGCUUCCGCCCUUGCCAAGUUCUCCGACCACCCGAGCAUCGACUCCAUCACUCUCCCUCCGGUGGACACCUCCGACUACCCUCCGACCACCAUGAUAGAGACCAUCAUGUCCGUCGUCAUCAAGCGCUCCCUCGAGCCCCUGAGGAAAGUCCUAUCCGAGAUACGCCCCAUCACCGCCUUCGUCGCCGACCUCUUUUCCACUGACACCCUUGACGUCGCCAAGGAGCUCGCGUUGCCGACCUACGUCUUCUUCCCCUCGACGGCCACCGUCCUCUCCUUCAUGCUUUACCUGCGCACCCUCCAUGAGAGGAUCCCAGGGGAGUACAGGGAUCUCAAGGAGCCGGUGCAGGCCCCCGGUUGCCCACCUUUCAAGGGGACCGAGUUGAUCGAUCCGCUGCAAAACCGGCAGGACGACGCCUACAGGUGGUUCCUUCACCAUUCCUGCCGCUACAGGGAGGCAACCGGAAUCAUGGUCAACAGCUUCGACGAGCUCGAGACCAGGGCGAUCAAGUCCCUGUUGGGGGGUCGGGAUUAUAACGGUGACAUCCCGCCGGUGUACCCUAUCGGCCCGCUGGUCAAGAAGGCGAGCUCCGAUGCCGGCGAAAGCCGGGAGGAGUGCUUGAGGUGGCUCGACGGGCAGCCGCGCGGUUCGGUGCUGUUCGUUUCCUUCGGGAGCGGAGGGACAAUGACGGAGGGGCAACUGGCGGAGCUAGCUCUGGGUCUCGAGAAGAGUGGGCAGAGGUUCCUGUGGGUGGUGAGGAAGCCGCAGAGCUUCGCCGCGGGUGCCUAUUUCGGGACGGGAGCCGGAGAGGACAACAGCCCCGCGAGGUUCCUGCCCGAGGGGUUCGUGGAGAGAACGGCGGAGGUGGGGUUGGUGGUGCCGGAAUGGGCGCCGCAGGUGAAGGUGCUGAGCCACGAGGCCGUCGGCGGGUUCCUGUCGCACUGCGGCUGGAACUCGAGCCUGGAGAGCGUGGUCUACGGCGUGCCCAUGAUCGGGUGGCCGCUGUACGCGGAGCAGAGAAUGAACGCCCGGAUGCUGGCGGAUGAGAUCGGCAUAAGCGUGAGCGUGGACUACGAGAAGGGGCUGGUGCCCAGAGGAGAGGUCGAGCGGGUGGUGAGGUUGCUGAUGGAAAGCGAGGUCGGGAAGAAGCUGAGGAAGAGAGUGGGCGAGCUGAAAGAGGCCGCCAGCCAAGCGCUCGCUGAGGAGGGAUCCUCUUCUCGUCGCCUGGCCCUGCUCGCCGACCAGUGGGCCAACACCAAGCCCUCCGCCCGGCUUGAUCGAUCCUAGAGCUUGGAGCUUAGACUAGGUUCAGUAAAGCAAAAAUUGAAAAAAAAAAAAGGAACAACAGUGGAUAAGAGCAAUAGAGAGGCGGAUUUCGUUUUUUCUUUUAUAUCUUUCUUUUGGAGAUAUUGUUUGUCGAUCACAUUGAUCUGACUCGAGCAUCGUUUGGUUGUUGUAUGGCCUAUCGGUUGUUGUCUUCUUGUUGUUGGAUGGUAAUGAGAAUCUAGAAUCCCUGGCUGUCUCUGAUA